AUGAUGGAAAGAAUAAGAAAAGAGAUGAUCCUGAUGGAGAGAGGGCUGCACAGCCCUACAGCUGGCAAAAGGCUCUCGAAUUUGUCAGACUCAGCUGGAAAUGCGGUGCUGGAGGCCCUUGAAAAUUCUCCGCACAGUGGUCGCCUCAGCCCGAGACUGACUGCCGCCUCCCUGCACAGCGCUAUAGGGGACAUCUCCGCCAAAGGCAAAUUUGAAAUAGACACUUUAUUCAAUCUUCAGCAUCCGAGCAGUGAAAGCACCGUCUCCUCCGAAAUCCCGCCGUCGGAAAGCAGGAAGAAAAUCACCCUUUAUUCCGAAGUUGCUCAAGAGGCAGAUAUGAACAGUGAUGUGGAGGUGGGCUGCUCCGCGCUCCGCUCCCCAGCCAGCCUGACUUCCUCCCAGCUGAAGGAAAACAGUAACAAAGGCUACGCGGAGAGCAGCCCGGCGCCCAGCACCCCCGCCGCCGCCGCCCCCGCCGCCGGCAUCGGCAGCCUGCACAGCGGCGGCGCGCUGGGCGGCUCGGCGGCGGGGGCCGACCAGGUGCGCCGGUACCGCACCGCCUUCACCCGCGAGCAGAUCGCCCGCCUGGAGAAGGAGUUUUACCGGGAGAACUACGUGUCGCGGCCCCGGCGCUGCGAGCUGGCCGCCGCCCUCAACCUCCCCGAGACCACCAUCAAGGUGUGGUUCCAGAACCGGCGGAUGAAGGACAAGCGGCAGCGCCUGGCCAUGUCCUGGCCCCACCCGGCCGACCCCAGCUUCUACACCUACAUGAUGACCCACGCGGCGGCCACGGGCAGCCUGCCCUACCCCUUCCACUCCCACGUCCCGCUCCACUACUACCCGCACGUCGGGGUCACCGCCGCCGCCGCCGCCGCCGCCGCCUCGGGGGCCGCCGCCGCGCCCUUCGCCACCUCCAUCCGCCCGCUGGACACCUUCCGCGCCCUCUCGCACCCCUACUCCCGCCCGGAGCUGCUCUGCAGCUUCCGACACCCCGGCCUCUACCAGGCGCCGGCCGCCGCCGCCGCCGGCCUCAACAGCAGCGCGGCCGCCUCAGCGGCGGCGGCGGCGGCUGCGGCGGCGGCGGCGGGCUCGGGGCCGCCGGGGGGCUCGGCGCCCUGCUCCUGCCUCAGCUGCCACAGCAGCCAGACGGCGGCGGCGGCGGCGGCGGCGGCGGCGGCCUCGGCGCUGGGCUCGCGGGGCACCGCCGCCGCCGCCGACUUCCCCUGCACGGCGGCGGGGCAGCGCUCCGAGAGCGGCUUCCUGCCCUACUCGGCCGCCGUGCUCAGCAAGGCCGCCGUCGCCUCGCCGGACCAGCGGGAGGAGGCGCCGCUCACCAGAUAA